UGUUCGCCAAGAUCGAAAAACGUAUCACUUGAUUCUUGAUACUGACUGGAUAGAGCACUAUUUUCUGAAUUUGUCAAGUACAUUUUUAGCGCAGCGAACCCUGUAUAAUGGCCCACUACAGGGCUAGAACGGGCGAUCCGUUUCAAGACAUGGUGAUUGAGAAGAGAGUGUUUGCGGAGCGGGGCCACUUGUUCAAGCCCCGCAAGGAGCCCCGAACCCCGUCAAACUACACCCCCCGUCCCCGCUACGAGGAGGUAAACCUAGUAGGAAAUCUGAAUGGCCGCAUCUUGGGAACCAAGCCGCUGUACGUGGCCCCGGCCCAGCACACGGAGCAGCGCCAGCAGGCCUACCCGAGCAAGCAGAGGGCGGAGAGCAAGCUCGUUAAUGUGAGCCACGUCCAGAAUGAGUUGGACCUUCAGCCCCAGACGGAGCGCCAGACGGAGCUACAGCGCAUGUUGCAGCGGAUGCAGCAGAACAUGCCUCGUCAUCGGGGCUUUAAUCUCUUCAUAAAAAAUAUACCGAAGACAAUGGGAGAAGAGCACCUGCGUAAGGAGUUCGCUCCCUAUGGAACCAUCACCCGUGCUAAGGUGAUAAUGGAGGGCGGUCGCAGCAAAGGUUUUGGCUUCGUGUGCUUCUCUUCCCCGGAGGAGGCCACCAAGGCCAUGGCUGACAUGAACGGCCGCAUCUUGGGCACCAAGCCGCUGUACGUAGCCCCGGCCCAGCACAAAGAUCAGCGCCAGGCUUACCUGAGGAAGCAGUGGGUGGAGAGCAAGCGUGCUGCGCCCAGCCCUGUGGACCUUGGUGCAGAGUUUGGUGGCUGUGCAAAGCCACUGACCAAUGACGUCAAGAAUGUUGGCGUCAACCUGGAUGCUGAAAAGCUACGUGAGAUCUUUGGCCUGCGUGCUGUGCCCAACCCUGUCAUCAAGCACCACCAGCAGCCAUCCGCACCCUCUCAAUACUCUGCGGUCGCCAGCCCUCAGGCCCAGAACCAUGCUGCCUACUAUCAGCCGAGCCAGCAGGUUCAGCUGCACCCCGGCGCUCACUUGGCCAUUCAGGAUGUGCACCCCCUGCUCUUUCAGGGCAUGCCAGGUGCCAUGAGCCCAUCUGGGUAUAAUCUGGAGACCCCCAUCUACUAUGUGAUACCUGCUGGUGCUCAGGUGCCAAGCAUGGUGGACUCUCAGUAUGUGAUGUCUCAGGCUGUGGACGCCCAUCUUGCCAGCGCCUCCGCCUCGGCCCAUGUGCAGGGCCAGGAGGUCCUGACCGCCUCCGUGCUGGCUGCCCUACCCCUGGAGAUGCAAAAACACAAGCUGGGAAUGCAGCUGCACCCCCUGAUCGAGAACAUGGUGCCGAAGGUUCAAACCAUCCACCCCAGGUUGCCUGAUAAAGUCACCGGCAUGCUGCUCGAGAUCGACAACUCAGAGCUGCUGCAGAUGCUCGAGUCAGCAGAGUUGCUGCGAUCCAAGGUGGACGAGGCCGUGGGUGUUCUGCAGCUCCACCAGGCUAAAGAGGCUGACCAGGAUGGUGCCGCCAGCACACCUGUGCGGGGGGCCUAAAUACAAGGACUGGGAAUUCUCCAACUUGCUUACCAUAUUUUGAACUAAAUUCAAAUUGGCUUUAUUUUACUAAAUUGACUAAAUUACAUUAAAUUUAUAAUGAAAUAAAAAUUAUUGGCAACUCUACUGAAAUCUGAUCAUCUGGUGUUUUAUUAUCUUUAUAGUUACUAAUACAGAGGGUUUUAAGCUUACAUGUCUAGGCACUCAGACGUGCUUUUUGUCACAGGGAUUAUACAUUUUGUGUAAAUAUACAAAUCAGAGCUUCCAUUCUAUUUUAUUUUACUAUUGAAAUCAAAUAAAUGACAUACAAUUUACAAUUAAAUAAAAUUAUUAGCAACUCUA